AUGCGCCCGCUCCGUCUGCUCGUCGCGUUGUCAACGAGCCUGAUAGCCGUCACGCUGCUCUUCUACGCCGCGCUGGGCCCCCCGCACGACCAACAAGAAGCCGAACAGGCCACUGGCUCGCAGGGCCACAUCAAGGCCUUGUUCUCCUUCACCUCCCCCACCUCGCUGUUUCCCCCCUCGGCCAUCAUCAGCCUGACCGACGACAACUCGACCUUUUUCCUCGCCCGUCCCGCCGCAUUUGGCCCCCUUCUCCCCAAGAAUGGCCUAAGCGGCCCCCUAUGGAUUGGCAGCGGCUUCGGAGAUGAUACCCUGGGCUGGACGGGCGAGCUGGGCUGCGGUGACGAUCCUGGCUGGGACCAGGGAAGCCAAAGUCUGCUGGCCUCUUCCCAUUCACCGGCACAGGCCGGGAGCCAUGCGACAAAGUCUACACCGCGCGAGGAGGUAUCAGGUCGCGGACAUGCCGACAUCCAGUCGAUCCAGGAAAGCGCCGAGAUUGCAGGCAAGGUCGUCUUGCUCAAGCGCGGCGGCUGCGGCUUCCUUGCCAAGGUGCAGUGGGCACAGAGACGCGGAGGAGUUGCCGUCAUCGUGGGCGACGAUGUUCGUGGAGGCGCUCUGGUGCGCAUGUACGCCAAAGGGGACACCUCUAAUAUCACGAUCCCCUCUUUGUUCACUUCACACACUACCGCCCACUUACUCUCCUCCUUACUGCCUCCCCAGCGCAAUGUGCAUAAUGCCGCGCUAAGCAAUACGGCCUAUACCAAACCCUCUAACCCACACCAUGACCUGGGCCAUGGCAGUGGUGAUCAAGCCCAGGGGGGCCGAUGGCGUCGUCCCACCUCGACUAAGCCAAAGUCUCAGGCCACCCUCGCUUCAUCUCAUACCCUGUCCGAGACGGUAGGAUCAACUGCAAAAGCUUCACAGAGUAAAUCGGAGGCUGAUGGCCUGUUUCGCUCUCUCCUCUCCGCCCUGGGAUUGCACAAUGGACAAGGCAAGCUUCCGAAAGCUGGUAGUCGAAGAAUACCAGGCAGUGGCGACCUUGACUGGAUCAACCCCACCGACUGGGACAAUGAUGAAGAUCCCAUCAAGACAGGAACUGCAAUCCCAAUGGCAACAGCCCCCAGGAUCUCGGAUGGCUUCGUCAUUGGCAAGCAAGACUGGCGGGAUCCGGACCUCUUGUCAUCCCCAGCCGCCGCUGAUGCCUCAGCUUCCGUGGUUCAAUCUGCUGCUUCGCCUUUACAGACUUCAGCCAACGUCUUUCCAGGGAGUGGUGAAUACCGUCGGGUGGAUAGGAAGAAAAACAAACCAUCUUGGUGGAGAAGAUUGUCAAGCCCCAAUCAACCCACUCAACCUGACGAAUCAUCUGCCCGUGCAGAAGUCAGGAGUGUUACAUCCAUAUCUGGAGCUGACUUGGAACUCGACACCACAUCCUCGCGUACGGCACUAUUACAUGAAGGUCUAUGGGUAACUUUGACACCGACAAAUGUCUCGACCAGUCCUUUCUUCGAUACCCUUCUUGUCUUGGUUGUGAGUCCCUUGGUCACCCUGACCGUUGUAUAUGCGCUACUGCUCUUGCGGUCUCGCAUAAGACGCCGACGUUGGCGGGCACCCAAGUCCGUGGUCGAGCGCCUUCCUGUGAGGACCUACCAAACUAUUAGCGAACCAUCGGCUUCUCCUACGCCAGAGGCAUCCUCUCCUACGACACCGCUUCUCCAACGCUCUCCGGAGCAACCGCCUUUGCGAUCCCAUUCUAGUUCCGAGCUGCCAGGUACCUCGUCUGCUAUUCAACAUGGGUCUCCGGAUCGAGCGGAAGAGAAGCGCGAAACAGGUCUAGCAGCCUGGAGGCGUCGAUACGGAGGUCGGCAAAAAGAAUGCGUCGUGUGUUUGGAAGAAUAUGAGGACGGUGUCAGUCAGGUCAUGAGUCUGCCUUGUGGUCAUGAAUUCCAUGCGAACUGCAUAACACCCUGGCUUGUUACACGUCGGCGAACGUGUCCCAUAUGCAAAGGCGAUGUCGUGCGCUCUUUAUCACAGUCCUACCAUGAUCGCUUGCAACCAUCCUCAACACAAUCGCCUGAAUCAUUCAAUGAUCUAGACGAUCUCCAGGCCCAAGCAAUACGGACCCGCAAUGACUCUCCUUCGGCCUCAAGGCCUGUUCCAAUUUCUACCUCGGCUCUAGGCAUGUAUGCGCCAGUUCACGAUGAUGUCGAGACGGGCUGGACUCGCAGUGGCACGAGCCGCGAGCCACAAGAUGUGCCGGCCAAUCCUUAUCGCGAACUAAGCUCGACUGUUUCUACUGUUAUAUGGCGAGGUUUGGACGCCGUCAGAGCCUCUACGGGCCUUCAGCGGAGGCAGCCGCCCGACGAUGUUGACAGAGAUCGAUGA